AUGGGGAAUUGCCAGACUGUGGAUGCUGCAGCAUUAGUGAUACAGCAUCCGAAUGGAAAACAAGAGAGAAUGUAUUCGCCAGUGACAGCUAGUGAGGUGAUGCAGAUGAAUCCAGGACACUAUGUUUCACUGAUUAUUCCAUCACCGAUCACUGGAGAUGAGAAUGCCAAUGAAAAAACCAUUCGAUAUAUGAGUGUUAAGCUUCUCCGGUCAAGUGAAACCUUAGUUCUUGGCCGGGCUUAUCGGCUUGUCACCACACAAGAGGUUAUGAAAGUGCUGAGAGCAAAGAAAAGUGCAAAGAUGAAGAAAAACCUGUCAGAAUCGACGGCCAAUUUGAAGAUGGAUUUGCUGAACUUGCAGGGUUCUGGUUGCGGGUCGGAAGCGGGAAAAUCUGCACCGGAGCAGAAUGAUCAGGUCAUGGGGCAUGACAGACAUCAGCUAAGGUCAGGAUCCACAAAUUUGGCAGCUGCAAAGUCCAAAUCAUGGCAGCCAUCCCUCCGAAGCAUUUCUGAGUCGGGAAACAGUAUUGGAUAG